CACACAUUGGGCAUAGUCUCCUAAUUUCCUUUCUUCUGUGUUUCUCUCUUAACACAUUCUAUUCUUCUAAAGAAAGAAAACAGAAGAAAAGAAAAAAAAAACCCUCGAUUCAAUGGCGAGAGGUCCGAGAGCGGCGAAGGAGUCAUCCUCAGAGGAAGAAGAGGAAGAGCCUAAUUCUAAUUCGUCGGAAGAAGAGGAAGUAGACCGAGCGCCCAAUGAUCAAGUUAACGAGGAAGAAGACGAGGAAGAACUCGAAGCCGUUGCUAAACCUGCCGAUGAAUCUGAGGAAGAAGAAGAUGAUGCCGCCGCCAACGACCAGGAGGAUGAUGACAACGAGGAAGGAGAAGCUGUUACUGGUGAGGUUGCCAAGCGUGAAAGGGAGAGGUUAAAAGAAAUGCAAAGGUUGAAGAAGCAGAAAAUACAAGAUAUUUUGGAUGCGCAGAAUGCCGCUAUCGAUGCUGAUAUGAACAACAAAGGAAAGGGGCGACUGAAGUUUCUUCUUCAGCAGACAGAGCUAUUUGCUCAUUUUGCCAAAGGAGACCACUCAACAUCGCAGAAGGUCAAAGGAAAGGGUCGCCAUGCAUCGAAACUUACCGAACAAGAAGAAGAUGAAGAGUAUCUCAAAGAGGAGGAAGAUGGUCUCUCUGGAGCUGGAAAUACUAGACUUGUUGCCCAACCUUCCUGCAUUCAAGGAAAGAUGAGGGAUUAUCAACUUGCUGGGUUGAACUGGAUGAUAAGACUCUAUGAGAAUGGGAUAAACGGAAUUCUUGCAGAUGAAAUGGGACUUGGAAAAACUUUGCAAACUAUCUCACUUUUAGGUUACCUCCAUGAGUACCGGGGAAUAACUGGUCCCCACAUGGUUGUUGCUCCAAAAUCUACACUGGGAAAUUGGAUGAAUGAGAUUCGCCGAUUUUGCCCUGUUCUUCGUGCUGUAAAGUUUCUGGGUAAUCCGGAUGAAAGGAGAUAUAUCCGCGAGGAGUUGCUUGUUGCCGGCAAGUUUGAUGUAUGCGUAACUAGUUUUGAAAUGGCCAUUAAGGAGAAGUCGGCCUUACGUCGCUUUAGCUGGCGAUACAUCAUCAUUGAUGAAGCCCAUAGAAUCAAGAAUGAAAAUUCUUUAUUGUCUAAAACCAUGAGAUUGUACAGUACCAAUUACCGUCUUCUUAUCACUGGCACACCUCUUCAGAACAACCUUCACGAGCUUUGGGCGCUUCUUAACUUUUUACUGCCUGAGAUCUUUAGCUCAGCUGAAACUUUCGAUGAAUGGUUUCAAAUCUCUGGUGAAAAUGAUCAGCAAGAGGUUGUCCAGCAGCUACACAAGGUUCUCCGACCAUUUCUUCUCAGAAGAUUGAAAUCAGAUGUUGAGAAAGGUUUGCCACCUAAGAAGGAAACAAUUCUUAAAGUUGGCAUGUCCCAGAUGCAGAAGCAAUACUAUCGAGCUCUUUUACAGAAGGAUCUUGAAGUUGUAAAUGCUGGUGGCGAGCGCAAGCGUCUUCUUAACAUUGCAAUGCAGUUGAGAAAAUGUUGUAACCAUCCAUAUCUUUUUCAAGGUGCAGAACCUGGACCUCCAUAUACUACAGGGGACCAUCUUAUAGAAAAUGCUGGCAAAAUGGUGCUUUUGGAUAAAUUGCUACCAAAGCUAAAGGAGCGUGACUCAAGAGUGCUAAUAUUCUCACAGAUGACUAGGCUUCUCGACAUUCUAGAGGACUAUUUGAUGUAUCGUGGAUACUUAUACUGUAGGAUAGAUGGAAACACCGGUGGGGAAGAUCGUGAUGCUUCCAUCGAAGCCUUUAACAAGCCUGGGAGUGAGAAGUUUGUAUUUUUACUGUCAACUAGAGCCGGAGGUCUUGGUAUUAAUCUUGCUACUGCAGAUGUUGUUAUUCUCUAUGACAGUGACUGGAAUCCGCAAGUUGAUUUACAGGCGCAAGAUCGUGCUCAUAGAAUUGGGCAGAAGAAAGAAGUGCAAGUCUUCCGUUUUUGCACAGAGUACACAAUUGAGGAAAAAGUGAUUGAGAGAGCUUAUAAAAAGCUUGCACUUGAUGCUCUAGUUAUCCAACAAGGGCGCUUAGCCGAACAGAAAACUGUGAAUAAAGAUGAGUUGCUGCAAAUGGUGAGGUUUGGUGCUGAGAUGGUUUUUAGCUCCAAGGACAGCACAAUUACUGAUGAGGAUAUAGACAGAAUAAUUGCUAAAGGAGAAGAAGCAACAGCUGAGCUUGAUGCGAAAAUGAAGAAGUUCACUGAAGAUGCUAUCAAAUUCAAGAUGGACGAUUCUGCUGACUUUUAUGAUUUUGACGAUGAAAAAGAUGAGAACAAGUUCGAUUUCAAGAAAAUUGUUAGUGACAAUUGGCUCGAGCCUCCCAAAAGGGAAAGGAAGCGCAAUUACUCGGAAUCAGAAUACUUCAAGCAAACAAUGCGCCAAGCUGGUCCAACCAGACCCAAAGAGCCACGAAUUCCUCGUAUGCCUCAGUUGCAUGAUUUUCAGUUCUUCAACACCCAGAGGCUUAGUGAGCUUUAUGAGAAAGAAGUGCGCUAUCUGAUGCAAACACAUCAAAAGAAUCAAUUGAAAGAUACAAUUGACGUGGAAGAGCCGGAAGAUGCUGGAGAGCCUUUAACUGCUGAAGAGCAGGAAGAGAAGGAGAAGUUGUUGGAAGAGGGUUUCUCUACAUGGAGCAGAAGAGAUUUCAAUACGUUCAUCAGGGCCUGUGAAAAGUAUGGUCGGAAUGAUAUUAAGGGUAUUGCUUCUGAAAUGGAAGGAAAGACGGAGGAGGAAGUUGAAAGAUAUGCAAAGGUUUUCAAAGAUAGAUACAAAGAGUUGAAUGAUUAUGAUAGGAUAAUAAAGAAUAUUGAAAGAGGAGAGGCCCGAAUAUCUCGUAAAGAUGAGAUCAUGAAGGCUAUUGGAAAGAAGUUGGAUCGGUAUAAGAAUCCAUGGCUGGAAUUGAAAAUCCAAUAUGGUCAGAAUAAAGGGAAGUUGUACAAUGAAGAGUGUGAUCGAUUUAUGAUAUGUAUGGUUCACAAGCUUGGAUACGGGAACUGGGACGAGCUGAAGGCUGCAUUUCGCACGUCGCCACUGUUUCGGUUUGACUGGUUUGUGAAGUCGCGAACUACUCAAGAACUUGCAAGGAGAUGUGAUACGCUUAUUCGCUUGGUGGAGAGGGAAAAUCAAGAAUAUGAUGAACGUGAGAGGCAGGCCCGUAAAGAGAAAAAGCUUGCAAAGCAGAAUAUAACCCCAUCUAAGCGGGGAAACUCAAGGCAAGCUGCUGAGAGUCCUCCGGGCUUAAAGAAGCGUAAGCAAAUGUCGAUGGAUGAUUACGUGGGCUCGGGAAAGAAGAGAAAAUGAUGCAGUAACACGAAGUGAAGCGGCUGAUUUUUUUCCAUUUUGUUAGUCAAGUCAGGAUACUAGAUUAUUGCACCGACUAUAUUGAGAUAAUCUUCUUAUGAUUAUUCAUAUGGCUUCGCGUUUGCUGUCAAGGUCAUACGGAACCUGAUGACACUGCCAAAGAGCUAUUUAACUUGUGGAUUAUUAGCACUAGUUGUAUUGUAUAGAUUCACAGCAGUGGAACCUAGCUACAUAUGGUGCUCUUUUCUUAAAGGCACUUUCAAAAAAUCCCUCAUUGGGUCGCAUUGCUGUUACCGCUGCUGUUGAACUUUUGUAGUUUUGCAGGGAUGGUAUUAUUAUUAUAUAUAUGUAGUUUUUAAUUAGGAAUUAAGCAUUUUCAGUUCUUUUGAAAUUUUGAUGCUACACAUUUAGUUCUGAAAGCUUGAAAAGCAUCAUCUUAUGCC